AUGGUGGGGAAAGAAAUUGCAGUUGUUCCUUGCUAUCUUUCAGAGAAGUCACUAUGCUACGUUGUUUCCUGUAACCACACACUAAUCUAUCUAUCUAUCUAUCUAUCUAUCUAUCUAUCUAUCUAUCUAUCUAUGACCUUUCUGUUCAUAUCUAUCUAUAUAAUUUGGUUCAAGACUACCCGCGGAGCACCAUCUACGACAAGCUCGUCAACGACAAACAUUAUUGCAGAACCCCAAAAGGCAGCUUCAGAGACAGACUGUAGUCUUCCUUCUUUCAAGCUGAAAUCGGAUCUAACAUCUGAGAAACAGAAGACGCCGACCAUCCAUCCUGAUGAAGAGCAAUUCAUUUUCAGUUGUUCCACUCUCGAGGAGAGGAGAAAGACUGAAACGGAAGUCAAAAGAAAGGCAACGCAAGGCCAGGCAGCCCCAGACCGUCACCUCCUCUACCAUGCCCGAGAUUGUUCCAUUCCAGACUUGGCUUCCUGA